AUGUAUCGUCCUAUCUUUGCAUGGUUCUUACUUCUUGCGCUGGUUGCAACGACGUACUCGAAAAGUAUCAACGUUAAUAGCGAAGACAUUGGAAAUCAUUCCACCGACAGAAUCAGCGCUACAUUUUCUCCAUCGAGUCAAACCGAAUCUAACUCUAAGGCCAAUAAUAAGAGAAGCUUGCUGAUUCUGUUGCCAAAAACCAAGGAAGAAGAAAAUACAGAAUGCCAAAAUCAGAAAACGAAACGCUGUAAAACAUCGUUCCGCAGGGAUACGGCGAUACCCAAGGAAAAACAUCGAACCACGUUCAAGCCGAGGAACACGGGAAACCCUCCAAAUAAUGAAAGAGACCGUGAAUAUUUUGUUGGUCAAAAGCGAAACCUGCAACUUCUUUCUUCGAAGGAACCUUUGGCAAAACCAGGUCCACACCCCGUGACCAUGGAACAAGCGAUGAAUGCAACGUUUCGCGACGCGAGUGUGCUAGAUUCGCUUCGAAAACAAUUAACGCCCAAUAGUCCUACCGUGGCUGCCUCUCAACCAAAUUUCGCGCCAAAGACAAGCGUGUACGACGACGGUAAAUUCAUUUGUUACUGCAGAAAAAAGGUCAAUCCCACUUUUAGAAAAGACCCGGCACGCGUCGCUCCGAAGCCGCAGGGAUUAUCGAGGAAGCUUAAACCGGCGAAGAAACUUCCUAAUAGAAAUCCGCUUGUAGGUAGCAAACAACCGGCUUACGCAAAUGUUCCACACGAAUCACCUUCGACUAAAAACUUACCUCCGACGUAUCCUACCGUUUCGAAGUAUCCACUUGGCUAUAUACCUAACAACAUAAACCCAAUUUUUCCACACGAGGGACAUGGAACAAUACCGUACAUUCCAUACAUUUAUCAUCCGGAUCCUCGAGUUUCGAUACCCAAGAUCCCAGACGAAGGAGAAACUCCAAAUGUUAAUACUCCGUUGGAAUCAACAGCAACUAAAUCCGACUCGAUUGUUGGGCAAGAGGCGUCAAUCAGCGAGCAUGAUCCAAAUGAAAACCAACGAACUUUUGACCAAGCUCCACCAAACAUCGUUGGCAAGAGUCUGUCUCAAUCUUCCGAAGAUUCAAUUCCUGCAACGUCUGUGAAGGAAAACGCUUCGAGCAAUAGCAACGAGAAUUCGAAUAUUCCCGACUACAAUUUACAAUCUAUCCAGGCAGAUCCUUCCGAUAAAAAUCGUUUAACACCGUUAGAGACGGUUGACUCUUUCAGAGAAGAUUCUACCCUACAGGCUGCCAAUCCAGGCAUGAGUGUUGCAUCAUCUACGGACUUGAGGAACGGAUUUGCGAAUGGAUACGAAACGACAAGCAGCGGGAACGUAGAUUACUCUGACAUCAAGGAAGUUACGACCGCAUAUUUCACAUCGAAAGCUUAUGACAACCAAGCUGGACGCGGUUAUGGUAAUUCUCUUAUAAGCAGCACGGGUACCAUGGAUUCAAAUUCGGCGGAACUGCAGAAUCGACAUAAUGGCCCGGCAGGGGACUCGGGAGAAUCCGAGAAUGUUGGAAUGAAUUUGGACACGAAAGACUUGCAUAAUGCAAAGGAGCUUGACCAAGGAAACAAUGAAGAAAAUGUUAUGCCGGGAACAAAUAACCCGUUUUGGAGUCAAAAAUCGACAAGCAACGUGAAUUCAAAUUCGCAAGAGGAUCCUAAUUGUAAUGUCAAUUUGCCGAGUAAGCACAAUGACGAUUCUGCGGGAAAUUCGAGAGAAGACGAUGGCAUGAAUCUGAAUACGAAAGAUUUAAAUAACGCUGGGGAUCGAGAAAAUAACGAGGAGGACGUUGCAUUAGGGAAAAAUAAUCCCCAGUGGAAUCAAGAAGAAUCCGCAAACGACAAUUCAAAUCCGAACUUCGGGUCCAACGUGGAAGAAGACGAAGAAAAUUUUGAACAUCCAUUUGCAGAAGACUCGGAUGAAAUUGGUACAACGAUCGGUGACGGCCCAUCGAACGAGAAAUCUUCUGCAGAAGAUUAUGCGAGUGAAUUGCCGGAAACGGAGAAUAAUGCCGGUCCGUUAAAGACCGAUUACGAGAAGGAAAAUUCCGUACGUAAUAAAUUCGAGGAAAAACUCGAGAGCGAAGAGAAAAAUUUCAUAAAUACGGACAAUGAGAGAGUCGGGGCGGUGCAAGUGACAAUUCAGAGGAAAAACGAGGACGAUCCUUCCAUCGACCCGACGUUGGGACUGUCGAGAAUCGACGACGAUGAUAAUAGAGCAACAAAUGAUGCAUCGAACCAGUUGCCUUUCUGCGACAACACGUUGCUCCAAAAAUCGAUAAAAACGGCAAUUAAUAACUUUGCCACGGCUGAUUCGUCCGAAAUGAAUGAGAACGAGAACGAGGAAACAGUGGGCGCCGCGAAAGGGGAAGAUUUACUGCCGGAAGUUGUACAAGUUCCAAACUUGAAGGGUAUUUUGUCUAUGCCGGCAAUAGAGCGCACACUUUUGGAUAAGAUAAAAAAUCUUCUGUCGAAAGCGACCGGAAUGGGUAGGGAGAAUUUCGACAGCGACUGGGCGACCAACGUGAUCAAAGAUAAUCUACGGCACACGUUGGCUGCCGCGCCUGGUUCCAAGACAGAACUCCCACCGAUGACCGUCGAGGAGCAUCAAUUCAAAAAUGGCAAAUGGGUGACAAAUAUGGUUACGCUGGAGCCUACGGACGAGAAAGACCGUACUCAAACGGAUGUAGAAAGAAUACAGUCCCACGUUAAAAACCUUUUGCGCGAUCCAACCGUUGGUUUACAGGCAGCUAAGAACCCAGCUGUUCAGAACAUGAUCGUCCAAAGCGUCCGACAUAUCUUCAAGCCCAAAAAUGCAGCCAACGAUGAAAAUAUCGACUCGAUCAUUCAAAGCACUUUGAACGACGAAUUAAACAUCAUGGAGAUGGAAAGCGAUGAAAUUCCCACGACAGAAAAUAUAUCUGAAUCCGAAUCUGAGUCCACCACUUUCGACGUGUCGAAUAUCGAUAUGAACAAGCUUUUGGACAUCGCCAAAAGUGAAGCGGGUCUGGAUGACAAUAAAGACAGCGAAUUACCUCCUUUAGAAUCGUCUACGUAUGAAAAAGAUGAAGAGAAUGUGAAAAACCAACAAACGCUUUCGCCUGCCAUGGAUUCUUUGGACGGAGGCAUUGUUGGGGAAGCUAUGAACUUUGGAACAAAGGCAAAUCAGGAUACAGAGGAAUCUUCAGAACAAAACCAAACACCGGAUAAUAUGAAAGAACUUGAGACUGAACCAAUUGAAACUAGUGGAAUAUGGAACGUUGCUGCUACCUUGGAAGUUAAAGACGAAUCUUCGACUACAAAAAUAGAAGAUUACGCGUCCGUAGAAUACGAUUCUCCAACAAUAAAUUCAGCAGAAAAUGCUGGUGCUACGUAUAUGGAAGAAGCUGAAAAUGUAGGAAGAUCGAUGGAACAGGAAGAUAAAAGUUCGACACCGUAUACAGACGAUGCUACUUCCGCAGAAGAUUUCACAUAUUUGGGAAAGAUCGCAAUGAAAAAUAGGAAUAACGCGGACGAUGUGCAAAGUCUACGAAAUUCCGAGCUGUUUUACGUCGGUGACGGUGUAAAGCUACCUUUGGAGAUAAGAAAGCUGAACGACGGUUCUUACGCUUUAUCGAUUUCUAGAAAGGUUUGUGAACAAUUAUUAAAUCAGGAGUGCCCUUGUUGCGUGCCCAGAGAAGGUAAUGUUACCCGGACCGUGAGACGAAAUUUAGAAAUGGAAAAUGCUGAUGGAAGAAUUUCCAAACGCGAAUCGGUGAAAUCAAUUUUACUGAAUGAAGGAGAAAGAUGUAAUCCAGCUGACGACAGCUUACAGAUUUUCUCAAUGCCUGUGGAAACUUUCGCGAGAAGAUACAAUCUGUCUCUGAACUUGGAGAAAGUGCAAACUCCGUGGGAUUUCGACGCGAAGGGAAAGAUUGAUGGCCGAUCGAGAGAUCGAUCGAAAAAUUAUAAGAAUAAAAAUGACAGCGGUAACUUUAAAAACAAAAGGACGUAUAAUAAUCUACACAAUGAUGCAGCAAGUUUCGAUCUUGAGAGAUAUCGUUAUCAACGUAAUAUCAAUGAAAGCGCAGAUAAACGAGUAGAAAUAAUAACACAAGUAUUAAACUGGUUAAGAGAUAUGGUAUUAAGUACAAAUAAUAAAAGAUGAAUAUAUUUUCAUUCCUCUAAAAUUUGUAA